UGGCACAACAUAUCAACAUUGAGAGUGGUGCCCAGGAGACUUCCCCUAGCUCAUCUUCACUCACCACCACCACCACCACCACCCCCGCCCCCCGCCGCCGCCGCCGCAACCACCUCAUCCUCCUCCUAUUCCUCCGCCGUGGCGGUCGCCGCGACAACAACAACCACCUCCUCCUCCUCCACCUCCUCGACCGGGUCGGAUCCGGCGCUAGAACCGAGCAAAAGAAGCGAGGAUUGCACUUCUCAAAAGGGCCCGGGGAAGUCCCCGAGCCCGGGCGCCCACCCGGAGGAGCCGGCCGGCAAGAGGCACAAGGCCGGGGGCUCCGGCGAGCACCCGACGUACCGUGGGGUCCGAAUGCGGAACUGGGGCAAGUGGGUGUCCGAGAUCCGGGAGCCGAGGAAGAAGUCGAGAAUCUGGCUCGGGACGUACCCCACGGCGGAGAUGGCCGCCCGGGCCCACGACGUGGCGGCAUUGGCCAUAAAGGGCAGCUCGGCCGUCCUCAACUUCCCCGAGCUCGCGCCGGAGCUCCCGCGCCCGGCCUCGACUUCCCCGAAGGACAUCCAAGAGGCCGCCGCGAAGGCCGCCGCGUCUUUCGCGCCGCUCCCGUCGGAGCGCGGAGCCGAGGAUGAUGGCACGGGAGCCAACCCGAGGCGGGACACUUCCGAAAGGUCGUUGUCCGACACGAAUUCUUCACAGGAGUCGACGAACUGUAGCUCAAAUGACAACGAAGAUGCCUUGUUCGAUCUACCUGAUCUGUGCGUGGAUCAACCGAACGGCUUCGGAUUCUGUCCUUCCCUCUCGUGGCAGGUUUGCGCGGCGGACUCGGGGUCUCGGCUCGAGGAGCCGUACUUGGCAUGGGAUUACUUCUAGUUCUAGACCAUUGAAGCGUAUAUUCAUUUUGUGCUAUAGAUCAAUUUGUUUGCUCGUAAACAUGUUCCGCCAUGUCCUUAUCGAGGGUGAAAUCUUGUCUGAACCCGGUCCACCGUGAGUCGAGCGACGUGAUUCGUCGAGCUCUGUAAAAUCCACUUCGCAACUACGUACGCGACUUGCUCAGGCCGCUCGAUUCACCAUGAUCUGAGGUUCAGACAAGAUUUUUUCAACCCUCUCGUUCGAUGGAGACUCCUCGUCCUUCCCGAUUUCUGAAUCCAAGAACACCCACUUGGGAAAAUGUCGAGUUUCUGUCUCUCAAGAAAGCGUGGGGUCACUUCUGAGUUUGGUUUCAACGUAGCAAAUUUCUAGAGAGAGAGAGAGAGAGAGAGAUGGUUUGAGUUUCUUGCAAGACGAGGGGUUUUGCUCAGAUCUAGCUGUAACUUACGAGCACACACCACCAGAAAUUAAUUUCGAGUGAUUACUUAAAUGCAAGUGUUGAUUUGGAUCCUAUAUACAUAACGAAAAAUGGGGUUUCGUGCGGCUGAUUGGCAAUUUGCCAAUCGCCUUUGUACCAAUCUUGCUUUUUCUAGACCCACCAAGAAAGAAAUAAUAAGGAUGUUAUCUAUAGUAAUAUUGACCAGGAAACCUCCCCAUCACUCAACCCUAAUAUAUUAUCCUCGCGUGAUAUUACGUAAAUAGUGACAUCACAUGCAGGACAUGUGGAUGAAGAUUAGGUAUUACUAUUACGUGCGAGCCUCAACCAUUUUCUAUCGUUUUGUAUGUGUACUGGUUCAUCGAGGGCUAGUGUGAUUUUCCAUCUUUUUGACCUAGCAGGACUUGGACAUCUUGCGUACCGGCAUAGAAUUGGUACACAGUGAUUAUGGAUUGAUUACUGUAGAAGGAGUUAUGUACAAGUGACUGUAGAAUUUUGAAUGACGUGUACUCACUGAUCUAAAGAUAAUGGAUUGAUUACUGCAUAAUCCCGUAA